AAAAGCAGAAGCGCACGGGGGGGAGUAUAUAGGAAGAGUAAAACAAAACCCCGUUGCGUGGAAAAACAAGGAAGGGUAGUAGGAUAAGAGAAGAGAAAGUGGGAAAAAGAAGAGGUGUUAUUAUUACUAGUUAGUUACUUUACUUUACUUUAUUAAUUAUUAUUAUUACUACUAGUGGAGUGAGUAUUAGAGAGGAAGGAAGGAAAUCGUGUGUUUGUGUUUGGGUGGAGGGGCAUGGAAGGGCUGGCCAUGCUGAAGCACCUCAUCGAUCAGCUUCAACACCUCUACGAUUCUCAUCAUCAUUCUUCUUCUUCUUCUUCUUCUUCCUCCUUCAUUUUUCAACCUUCUCAUCAAACUAUCUUUCUUCAACAACACCCCAGAUGGACCUCCUUUGACAUCGAAGAUAGCUCUGUAGAUGACUGCUGUGGCCUUGUAAUGGCAGCUGGAAAAUCUCAUGAUUUCAGGAUGUUGGAGCCUCUAAAGCCUCCACUUGCUAAGAAGCCUCGAAGAGAACGAAACAGGAGCAAAUCGUCAGGAAGAUAUGGUACCAGUGAAGUUAUGGAACAAGAAAUCUGGAAAGAUUUUCCUGAAGAUUUAUUUGAAGCUGUAAUUGCACGACUUCCCAUUGCCACAUUUUUCCGCUUUCGCUCUGUAUGCCGUCAAUGGAAUUCCUUGCUGGCUUCUGAAAGCUUUUCUCAUCAUUGUUCCCAAGUCCCGCAAGAAAAUCCAUGGUUUUACACCAUAACCCAUGAAAAUGUGAAUUCAGGAGCCAUGUAUGACCCUUCUUUGAAAAAGUGGCAUCAUCCGUCUAUGUCAACACUGCCCACCAAGUUGAUUGUUUUGCCAGUGGCUUCUGCAGGGGGUUUAGUUUGCUUUCUUGACAUUGGCCAUCGGAACUUUUAUGUAUGUAACCCGCUGACUCAAUCCUUCAAGGAGUUGCCAGCUCGAUCAGUUAAGGUCUGGUCUCGUGUUGCUGUAGGAAUGACAGUCAAUGGAAAUUCAAUUGGUUCAGGCUACAAGAUCCUAUGGGUGGGUUGUGAUGGAGCAUAUGAAGUUUAUGACUCGGUGAAAAACUCUUGGAGUCGUCCAGGAAACAUGCCUGGAAGUAUAAUAAAGAUGCCAUUGUCCCUUAACUUUAGGUCACAAGCUGUCUCUAUUGACAGUGCACUUUACUUCAUGCGUUCAAAUCCAGAAGGGGUUGUUUCCUAUGAUAUGGCAACAGGGGUAUGGAAACAGUACAUAAUCCCAGCGCCACUGCAUCUUACUGACCACACUCUGGCCGAGUAUGAUGGCCAGAUCAUGCUUGUGGGAUUGCUCACAAAGAAUGCAGCCACGUGUGUAUGCAUAUGGGAGCUGCAGAAAAUGACACUCUUGUGGAAGGAGGUAGACAGAAUGCCAAACAUAUGGUGCUUGGACUUUUAUGGUAAGCACGUUAGAAUGACUUGCCUGGGAAACAAAGGCUUGCUCAUGUUGUCCUUGAGAUCAAAACAAAUGAAUCGGUUGGUUACUUACAACAUAGCAAGUAAGGAGUGGCUGAAGGUUCCCGGGUGUGUGGUGCCGCAUGGGAAGAAACGGCAGUGGAUAGCAUGUGGUACUGCAUUUCACCCAUGCCUGACUGCCGUGGCUUGAUUUUUCCUUUAAUCUUACAGCAAUGGCCUGGCAUUUCCCCCCUUCAGUCUUGUGGUUCCUUGCUAUUUCUUGGUUUUUGGUGUUGUUGUACCCGAUCAUGAUGAUCAUCGCUGGUUUAACAGAGUAGAUGAAAAAUAAUUUGGGUUUGUGGUGAUUCGCGUUUCUUCAUGCUCGCAAGCAUGUAAACAUUACUUUGGUUUCAUGUUACAAACGACUUAUGCCUCAUUCUCUAACAUCUUGGUAAAAGGUGAUAUAAAACUGCAAUUUCUUUCUGUACUGUGUAACUGAAUGGUUUUCUUAUUGUGCUUAUACCAUAUAUGUUCUUUGGGGGAGGGCCAAGAGAGAUCCAUAAUUAGUCUUUAUUCCGACAACUUAUAUUUUUAGAUGAAAAAAGUUACCGUUUUAAUUUUUAUUA